AUGAUCAACGAUCUGCAGGAGGUGGAUGGCGUCGACUUUUGGCGAGAGGCUGAUCAGGUGAAUCGCAUCGCCGAUAUGAUGCUCUCUCCGGAAGCUAAAGAGACGGUGUUGCAAAAACUGGAUGAUCUUGGCAUCAACUACGAGGUCAUUAUUUCCGAUGUUGAGCAACGAAACGAAGCAGAACGACAACAGCGGUUUGACACUCUCUUUCGACCUCAUCCACUAGCUCGCGGAGCUGUUGAUAACAAGGCAGACGCCAUUCCUGAUUUCUGGAAAACUUACCAACGCUACGACAGACAUGUUGCCCUGGUCGAUGCUCUGGUUGCCCAGAACCCUGCGAUCGCCUCCAAGUUGACCAUUGGCAAAUCGUCUGAAAAACGCGAUAUUGUGGCAAUUCGCAUCGGCGUCAACGGCGGAAGUGCGAGCAAGAAGGUCAUCUGGAUUGAGGGGGGCAUCCACGCCCGAGAGUGGAUCAGUCCUGCCACUGUGACCUACUUUGCGCAGCAGUUGGUGAACAAGUACCAGGCCAAUGACGACACCGUAAAGGACCUGCUCGGCUACUUUGACAUCAUCAUUGUUCCUUCACUGAAUGUCGACGGCUACGAGUACACGCACACCAACUCUCGACUCUGGCGAAAAACUCGCGGCAAGAACAGCGGCUCCACGUGCAUUGGAGCCGACCCAAACCGUAACUUUGGGUACCAGUGGGGCGGCACUGGCGCCAGCUCCAAUCCCUGCUCUGAGACUUACCGAGGGGACAAGGCCCACUCCGAGGUGGAAGUCCUGGCCGAAACUGACUACAUUGUUAAGAACUUCAAAGGAAGAAUUUCCUCCUUUCUUUCGGUGCACUCCUACGGUCAGUACUGGCUCUACCCAUGGGGAUAUACUUCAAAUGUCACUCCCGAUGAUAAAGAACUGAACCGAGUUGCAAAGGCCGCCGUUGCUGCCCUAAACAAGGUCACACCUAGCACCAAGUACACCAUUGGAACUUCAACAAAUGUUCUUUAUGCUGCUGCUGGUGGCGCCGAUGAUUGGUCUUAUGGAAAUGCGAGCGCCAAAUUCUCGUACACCGUAGAGCUUCGUGACACUGGCACCUAUGGCUUUCAGCUGCCUGCUAACCAGAUUAUUCCAACUGGCGAGGAAACUACUGCCGCCUUCAUUGCUUUGGCAGUUGAGGUAAAAAAAAGUGGGGCAUAA